AAUAAGCCAGUUUGAGACUCAGCCUAGCCCAGGCAAGCUACUGGUCCCCAGCUGCGCUCAACGAACUUCGACACCAUGGUGUUUGCAUUUUGGAAGGUCUUUCUGAUCCUAAACUGCCUUGUAGGUCAAGUUAAUGUGGUGCAAGUGACCAUCCCAAACCGUGUCGUGAAUGUGACUAUUGGCUAUAAUGUCACUCUCAUCUGCACCUACACCAGCACUGUGGCCUCCAGGGACAAUCUUUCCAUCCAGUGGUCACUCUCCAAUAAGAAGGAGUCACGGCCAAUUACUCACAGCCCGUGCCUCAAUACUGAGGGUAUGGAGGAAAAGGCAGUCAGUCAGUGUCUAAAAAUGGCGCAUGCAAGAGACGCUCGGGGAAGAUGUAGCUGGACCUCUCAGAUUUACUAUUAUGAAGGUGGACAAGCUGCAUCCAUCGGGCGAUUUAAAGAUCGAAUUGUUGCAUCCAAUGAGCCAGAUAAUGCAUCCAUCACUAUUUUGCACAUGCAACCAGAAGAUAGUGGCACCUACACCUGCGAUGUUAACAACCCCCCAGAUUUUAGUGGCAACAAUCAAGGCAUUCUCACAGUCAAUGUGUUAGUCAAACCUUCUAAGCCCUUUUGCAGCAUUCAAGGAAUAGCAGAAACUGGCCGACCAAUAUCUCUUUCUUGCCAUUCGGUGCUUGGAAUGCCUUCCCCUGUGUACCACUGGUAUAAACUUGAAGGAAAAGACAUAAUCCCAGUGAAAGAAAGCUUUAACCCAGCCACCGGGACUUUGGUUAUUGGAAAUCUGACCAAUUUUGAACAAGGUUAUUACAAGUGCACCGCAAUCAACAACCUUGGAAAUAGCUCCUGUGAAAUCGAUCUAACUAUUUCACAUCCAGAAGUUGGAAUCAUUGUUGGGGCCUUGGUGGGUACCCUAGUGGGUGCUGCCAUUAUCACCUUUGCUGUGUGCUUCGCAAGGAGCAAGGCAAAGGCAAAGGGGAAGGAAAGGAAGAGAAAUUCUAAAACUACCACAGAACUUGAACCAAUGACAACGACAAACAGAGUUACAGAGUUCGAGACAAUGCCAUCUGAAGAUGUUAUUCAACUGGAAGCAACACCAACUUCCGUCCCUGAGACUGAACCCGAUACCAUCCUGGGGGCAGAUCAUGGGCCUAUCACUAUUCCUGAGCCUUCCCUGGAGCCUGCUCCAGGACCUGAGCCUGCCCCGGUGCCUGAGCUUGAGAUCCAGCUGGAACCCGAGCCCAAACCCGAGCCAAAGCCAGAGCCCGGGAUUGCAAUUGAAGCCUUGUGUGAUGAGGAAAAACCAGAAUAAGUCAUAGGCUGGUAGCCUAACUGCAGUGUUUAUCACUAAGGAACCCACUACUGGCACUUAGAAUUCAGUUGACCUAACCGAUCACCCACUACCUCCCUCCAUUCUGACCAACCCUCUUCUAACAAGGUGCUCCUACUAUCAAUCCAAAAUAAACAGGUCAAGAUAACUACUAAAUAAAUGCAAGGGUUCCUGCCUUACCAGUAAAAUGUACUUAAAAUUUUACUAACACAUAAACCUAACUAAUUAUAAAAGCAAGUGAUUUCUAAUUCAGUUGAAUAAACUGCACCUAUUUCAAGUA